GAAGGCUCUCGUUUCAGUUUCAAACGCGAGUCACCGUCCAGUUCACGCAUAUACUUGUCUUGUCCUUGUCACAAUCGAAGAAGAACAAGAAGAAGAAGAAGAAAAUAAUAAAUCAUGGCACAUGUGGAAAAUUUGGACGAGUGCUCAAAAAUUCUCGAGAAACUUGUUUUAAACGCGGGAGAGGUAAUAAUCGAGGCAAUUGAUAAAGAAAAAAAUGCUGAGAGUAAAGGUAUUGAUUGGGAUUUAGUGACCGAAUAUGAUCGACAAGUGGAAGAAACAUUAGUUCAACAAUUAUUGACACAAUUCCCUCAUCACAAGUUCAUUGGCGAGGAAACAGUGGCAAAGGAAGGACAUUUGCCAGAAUUAACAGACGAUCCAACAUGGAUAAUUGAUCCAAUUGAUGGAACGACAAAUUUUGUUCAUCGUUUUCCGCACACGUGUAUUUCAAUAGCUCUGUUGAUUAAUAAGAGAACUGAAAUUGGCGUCGUUUAUAAUCCUAUUAUCAAUCAAUAUUUCUCAGCAAGAAGAGGCAAAGGUGCUUUUUUAAAUGGAAAACAAAUUAAAACAUCUUCGGUGAAAGAAUUAUCACAAGCGUUAGUAGCAAUGGAACCCUGGAUAGCAAAAGACAAGGAAUAUUUAGUUAGUAUUUACAGAAGAAUGCAUUCACUGAUUCAAGGAACCCAUGGAAUAAGAACAUUGGGAACCGCAGCUUUGACGUUAUGUUAUGUUGCAAUGGGAGCAGUGGAAGCAUAUCACGUGGAAAGUAUCGAAGCAUGGGAUGUUGCAGCGGGAAAAUUAAUUAUCGAAGAAGCUGGAGGAAUUAUUCUCGAUACGUCCGGAAAAGAAUUAGAUCUUAUGGUUCCUCGAGUAAUUGCAGCGUGUAAUCAACAAAUUGCAAAUCAGCUUGUAACUCUUUUUGAAGAAGCUGAUUUACGUGAGACCAAUAAAUAUCUUUCUUAAAUUCUUCUCAUUUUUUUUUUCAAUAUAUUGUGUAUAUUUGUAAAUAUUGAAUAAAAAUUUCUUUCUUUCUUACUAAAUAAAUAAAUGGAAAAUAAUUAAUAA